AUGCCAAUUAGUCUUGGAACACCCAUUAACGACCCCGGAGACCUUCUCGGAGCGAUAGUCUGGUGCGAACAAAGCCAACAAAAUCUUUGGCCCUUCCUUGUCGUCUGGAUGGAGUUUUUCAAUGACCACACCGUCCUGCUAUCGCUUGCACGAUUGAAACCGGCCGCAUCUGACACUUUCCCUUGGUCGCAUAUUUCCAACCAGCCUUCGAUGAUAUGGAGACACCGUGAUGUUUCGAUCUGGAUCGACAAGCCGCUCGUCGUCCAAGUUGUGUACGGAGAUGCGAAGCGAAUGCAUGUUGAUAGUGAUCCAUCCUUCUCUACACCCGACGUGCGCUGGUAUAAUCUUAAUGCCUACUGGUGUAGGACUCGGACUAGGCGAGAACAGUACCUGCCCUUUUACACCACUCCAUCGAUGUCUUCCCCCAUGUACCACAACAACACAAUGAAUCAUAUGUCCCCUUUGCAACGCAGUAUCUUAUCGAUAUCAACCCGUCAUGGUGCUUUGCCACAUUUCAACAUUGGCACCUACUGGCAGCAGCGAGAUGAUCCGACUAAUUCUCAACCUCAAUCGUCCCCCGGGCCAUUGCAGAUUUCGACGACCGCUGCAGGCUUCGAGGUCCAAAUGAGCUAUGCCCACGAUAAGUCUUCUGUUGCCAUUGCUACAGACCAUCCUGUAGCGAUCACCAAAGCCCGCCAGCAUCAGCAUGGACGACAUUCCACUGUAACUUCAUACACCAACAGCACUGGCAGCUCUAUCGACCCGCGCAUCAUGAGAGUGUAUCGACAUCCAAAUAUUGCCGGAGUGUUGUGGGAUGCAGAUGUCGGGCUCAUCUCCCUUGCCCCUGGGACUCAUCCUCCAAGAAUUGUGAUUACUCAGUACCCCUAG